AUGGAUACUUCACUUGUCGGUAUGGAGCGGUACGUAUCUCCCAUCAAUCCUGCAUCUUAUCCCACACUUGCCGUGCUCCUGCUUCUCAUUGGAACGUUCUUCGUUGCGUGGUUUUUUGCUUACGAACUUACUGCCAACAAAUUUUCUCGAGCUUUUCGAAAGGAACUGCUCUUAAGUGGAACUUCUGCAGUAUUUCUCGGAGUGGGAUCUUUCUUCCUUCUGCUGUGGGUGGGAAUUUACGUAUGA